AUGAAGAGGUACACUGCUGGCAAGUACAUCAAAUCGGAUGAUGCACUCUAUGAGGUGCUCCACAAGAAGCACAGUACCAUCAGUAAAGCGGACUUCGAGAUCACACGUAGAGGAGAUCUAUGGUCGUACAAGGCGCCGGAACAACUUACAGCGGACGAGCUACUGCCAGGCAUACAGAACAGGCACUACGAUCGGAUGAUGCGAACAUCUAACCACUCGACUUGCAUUGUCAACAUGGAAUUAGCUGUGUUUGAGACACUCCCCAGUCUUGCAUGUUCAACAAAUCUCCCAUCGGUUGAGGUAUGGGACUUCAUGUGGGCAAGAAACUCAGAUCCUGAUUCGCAACUGAAGCAUAUGCAGACAACCGUGCUGUCAGAUAUCGCGUCACUCAAAGGUCACCUGACCCGCCCCCGUGAAGAGCGUACCACAAGGAUCAUUGCCAUGUCUAAAGCUUACUCUUGGGCACCUUUUGACAUACCGAAGGAAAUGCUGCAGGAGAUAAUUGCACAACUCGAUGUUACCCCUGAGAUCUUACCAGUUUUCUUUUCUUUCCGACGACACACAAACCGGCUGGAAGAAGCGUUUUCAGAUAGUAUAUGGGUUUCAACUUCAAAGGAUUUUACGGAAUUGACCUAUCUUCUCAAAUAUACCGAGACAAGGAAUUCUUCCGAAGCAAAGGCCGAUUGGUCAAUACGACAAAUUGGUGUCUACCACCGCUACGACCCACAUGCUAUGCAGAGUACAUGGAUUCUUCUCUUUCCCACUGCCGACUCCAGCACCCGAAGAGAUCUAGUGAACGAGUUGAGCUCAACUUGCGAUAUGGAACAGACAGCAUAUCAUCCGCUCUCACUUCAUGUAUCUCUGAUGCAGGCGCGUAUACAUAACUGGAGGUUGUAUGUUAGUCAGUUUGAAAAUGAGGUUUGGGAGCUAGCAAACCUUGCGUUCACCGUCGACUUUGAAAGCACAAUGCCGUUCCAAGAUGCUUACAAAGACAUCUCAGACCUUCACUACAUUGAGACCAGACUGGCAACACUUCCUCCUAUCUUCGAUGCACAGCUGGAACUCGUUGGUCAGCUGGAUAGUCUUAACGAGCAGUUCUUCCAUCGAAGUCAAGUCUCCGAAGAAACAUGCUCAAAGAUGAAAGAAACUCUUGGUAACCUGCGUCGGCGGCUUGAAGCAUAUAACGCCAAUGUGGCAUUUGUGCUCGGCAAGAUACGAAGCACUACUCAACUAGUGUCGGAUACUAUCGACUUGAAGAGCCAGCAUACUACAGAAAAGGUGUCAGAUCAGAUGUUGAUACUUAACAAAUCAGCAGUUGAGGAUGGCACAUCAAUGAGGGUUAUCACAGUUGUAACGCUUGUAUAUCUUCCAUCCACUUUCGUGGCUACAUUUUUCGGCAUGGGAUUCUUCGCCUCAAGAGACGAUGCCGGAGUACAUUGGACCUCCUCACCCUACGUGUGGCUGUUCUUCGGAUUAGCUAUACCGCUGACUUUAUUGACGCUCGGGUAUUGGAGGUGGAGUCUCAGUCGUGCAGUGCGGUCAAGGACGAUGCAGGAUCUGGUUAAGUCGGGCGCAUAA